AUGAUUAUUACUAUCAGCGACAUCCAAGAUGUUGUGCUAAGACCAUUUCAAAAUCACAGACAGCUUUCGAUGCGGGAAGCAGAGACUAUUUCUCUUGAAUUGAUUGGCAUAUUAUGUGAUUCGUCUUGCAAGAACGAAGAGACCCUAAAAUAUAUGGCAAGGUUAUUCACACAGGAUACUUAUCAGGACUUGAUCGAUGAGAGAAAUUUGAAUAAAAUGUGUGGUUAUCCUUUGUGUGCGCAACCUCCCGAAAGAGUUCGUGAUCCAUUUUCUGUUAACGACACUACAAAGAGAUUUCUAUGGGAUAACAAUCCCUAUGCAUACCUCUCGACAUAUUGCAGCAAAUUCCAUUUCAGAUGCUCUCAGUUUUACAGGGUGCAAUUAUCUGAGGAGGCACUUUUUGCCAGAACUGGAGUUCAUUUGGUACAGCAGAGCCAAGAAGAACGACAAAGUGUGGAAAGCAUGUACAAAAUCACAUUGUUUGAAGAGCUACUUCGAGAAAAAUCAUCUGAGGAAGACCUAGAGUCACUAAUUGCUGGAUUAAAGAAACUCGGCCUACAGAGUGGGGAUUCUGGAGUGGCAGAAACGGACCAACAAACGCAAGAUGACAUCUCAAAAUGGUUAUCUGAAAUAAAGAUUGUGGAGACUGAAGAACCAAGUAUAUUAGGAGAUUUUACCAAGGAUUAG